CCGGGCACACUCACGCGUGGCCACCGCUCACCAUGCACAUAACGCAGCUCAACUGGGAGUGCCUGCUGCACCUCUUCUCCUUCCUGGACAAGGACAGCAGGAAGAGCCUUGCCAGGACCUGCACCCAGCUCCACGCUGUGUUUGAGGACCCCGCGCUCUGGCCUCUUCUGCACUUCCACUCCCUCACCGAGCUCAAGAAGGACAACUUCUUGCUGGGCCCGGCGCUCCGCUGCCUGUCUAUCUGCUGGCACUCCAGCCGCGUGCAGGUGUGCAGCAUUGAGGACUGGCUCAAGAGCGCCCUCCAGAGGAGCAUCUGCAGCCGGCAUGAGAACCUCGUCAGUGAUUUCCUCCUCCAGGUGUGCGACAGGUGCCCCAACCUGGUGUCUCUCACCCUAUCGGGCUGCGGCCACGUCACCGAUGACUGCCUGGCGCGCCUGCUGCGCUGCUGCCCGCGCCUGCGCACGCUGCGCUUAGAGAACUGCGCGCGCGUCACCAAUCGCACGCUGCUGGCCGUGGCCGCGCACGGGCGCGCGCUGCAGACGCUGCACGUGGACUUCUGCCGCAACGUGAGCGCCGCCGGCCUGGGGCGCCUGCGCGCCGCCCGCCCGCGCCUGGCCCUGCGCGCCGAGCACAGCGCGGCCAUGAUCCCGGACCAGGUCCCGCGCGCGCCCGCGCCCGCCGCCCUCCGCAAGCCGCGGCUGCGUUAACGCGCCGGAGCC